AUGUCUGACUCAUUCGCAGACCUCUGGAGCUCAUCUGCACCGUCCAAUCCUACAUCUCCGCAGAUACUUGGGGCUGCCAAACAACGAGCAACUAUUCCUCAACGGUCCCAGGAUGCAUUCUCCAUUCUUUCCGCUUCUCAACCAACCUCACGCACGCAUUCCCCGCAGGUUACCGGUUCCACCACCCAGCCACGAAACCUGCGCCAGCAGGUGGAGCGAGAAAUGCAGAUGCUUUCAGUAGUCUUUUUUCUGGCUCCGGCUCAGAGAGCCAAAGUUACUAAGCAAGCCCAGGCACCCUCAGGGUCGACACCUUCACAUCCUUCACCCUCUCCUUCACCACAGGCCGACUUCAAUUUCUCUGCAUUGCAUCUUCUUCAACUACUACCGUGA